AGAAGGGUAUAUUUAUGUUUUCCUUUUAUUUUACUCGUUGAAAGUAAACAUUACCUUUCUCUUCAUGGUAUAUAACCUUGGUUUUUUGUUUUGUUUUUAAACCAUGAAAACCAUGGAUUUUGUGUAACAUACCGAAUUCUAGUUUGGAGAAGAAAACACCUCUUAGUUGUGUGACCCUAGGCAAAUCGUUUAAGUUCUUUGUUUCUCGGUUUCUGCAUCGGAAAAUGAGGCUAAUAACAGUAUCUAUCUCAUAGUUUUAGGAUAAUUAAAUAAGUUUAUAUGAAAAGCAUUUAAAACAGUUUCUGGCAAAUAGCAUACACCAUAAAAAUAUUCAUUACAUAAGAUACAAAGAAACAUGUCAAUGUGGGAGACCCAGUAAGAACCAGGAAAUUCCAAGUUUGUUAUCAAAGCUCUUCACUCACAGGGCUUUAAUCCAGAUGCCCUCGUUAACUCCUACUUCUGCCUUUCCCAGUGUCACCAGGGAGUGAGUAGAAAUAAAGCUCGUAUCCCACCUCUUGGGAUUGUCCCCUGCCCUGGAAGGCCCAUAAUCUCCUUGCAUGUCAGCCUCUUCUCCUCAGAAGUGAUUAAGGGGCCAGGCUCCAAAGCAGAUUAAAGGAACAGUCUGUGGGGUGCUCUGGGCAGGGGUACUCUACUGAGUUCAACCACCCUGCACUCCAAGAAUCAGCACCCAUGGCCCUUGUGCCAGGGAGCAGUGAGGAUGGGCCUUGGCCUAGAGAUAGCCCAGGCUCCUCCCAGCAACCAGAAAGUCCUAGACUGACCAACCCUCUCUGGGAGGACCGAGGAGAAAUUGGCCAGGUUGAAGGUCGCCAGGAUGUUCAGGUUAGUACUUCCCCACCUUGUGUCUUGCUGUUGGCUUAUGUUCCAAUUUGGCCCAAGCCCCCUGCUGUGCCCAUCCAGGUUGUCUGUCAAAAGACCCGCCUCCCCUCCAUCGUGGUGGAAGCCUCUGAGGCUGAGGCGAGUGAAGAGAGUGGGGAGCUCCGGUGGCCACACGAGGAGCUGCAGCUGCUCACUGAUGAUGAGGAAGAGGAGGUUGAGGUCUUCUUCCAGGACCAAAGUGAAGAACCAGGCUGGACUUGGAGCACACUGGACCCCAAAUCUCCCUUAAGAACCUUUAACCCAGAACUCAGCUGGGGGCAGGAACAGGUAGAUCAAGAUGCCUCCUGGAUUCCAGAGGAGACAGAUUGUCAGGAAGCCCCCAAUCCCUGUCCUCUCUGGGACUCAGCAUCAGGUUCCCGUGUCUGCAGAAGCUGCUUUGUGGAAUAUUCCCAUUUCCUGCCUCCCAGGAGCUUUGAGGGAGCUGAAGAAGAAGCUGUUCAAGCGACGGCGGGUGUUGAACCGGGAGCGGCGACUGAAGCACCAGGUGGUCGGGGCUGUGAUAGACGAAGGGCUGAUCACGAGGCACCACCUCAAGAAGCGGGCGUCCAGUGCACGUGCCAACAUUACUCUGUCUGGGAAGAAGCGCAGAAAACUCCUCCAGCAGAUCCGGCUUGCCCAGAAAGAGAAAGCAGCCAUGGAAGUGGAAGCCCCCCUCAAGUCAGCCAGGACUAG